AACACUCGAUUGAGUUGUCGUCACCCGAACCAAUCGCGAAGUGGCUUGCUGUACGUGACUAAAGCAGCCCGGGAUUGGGCAGUUGGUGAGCGUCGGUGGGAGGAGAAGAGUCUGGCAAAAUGGCGGACAGGGCAGUGGUGGAUGUUAACAAACUGAAGUUGACUGAACUAAGACAAGAAUGCGCUUCAAGAGGAUUAGACACUAAAGGAAAUAAGCAGGACCUCAUUCAGAGACUGCAGGCUUACCUGGAAGAACAUGCUGAGGAAGAAGUGAAUGAGGAAGAUGUUCUAGCUGAAGAUACAGAGGAGGAAGAGCAGCAGCAAAAAGUUGAACCAGAAGUUAAAAGUCAACCUGUUGCUGUCAAGGAACCAGAAGAAACUGUAGCAAAGAAGUUGGUUAAAAUAAUGGCACCAAUGACAGAGAGUGAGAGGUUAAAGAAAAGAGCAGAGCGCUUCAAUGUACCAGGGACAGCUGAGAGUAAGAAAGCUGCUCGUGCUGCACGGUUUGGACUGCCUAUUGUAGCAAAAGUUACUUCUGGGAAUAUCAAAACUGUGAUCAGUGCAGAAAAAUUGAGAGAGAGGGCUGAAAGAUUUGGUAUGAAUGUAUCAUCAAUCUCAAAAAAGACUGAAGAUGACGAGAAGAUGAAGAAGAGGAAGGAACGAUUUGGAAUUGUGACUAGUUCAGGAGGAGGUGGAGAUGAUGUUGAGGCAAAGAAAAGGAAAAGAGCAGAACGCUUUGGGAUUGUCUGAUAACACCUUGCGUUUUUUUACCAAGAAUAUUUUAAAUGUUAUCAAGUAGAUUUUUUUAGGAUACUUUUUAAACUGAAAAUAUUCUUUAUUUCCCUAUUAUGUAUCAGUUUGCAGUUAUGGUGUUUGCAAGGUGUCUGAAAUUGGAUGACUAUUUAAUUAAAACUGCUAGUUUGUACAAUUGGAUGCUGCAAUGGCAUGGACCGCACAUCACUGUUGCAAUCUGGAGAUGAUCUUAGUGAAACUUUGUGCAGGUACUGUACAACUGAGUGAAAUUUGUGAAUUAAAGAGGUUGUGUUUUUGUUUAGUAUCAUUACAAGCUGAAAAAGUAUCUAAUUUGUAAAUGCAAGUAUACGUGAAUUUUGUUAUACUAUUGCCUAUUGCUUAAAUGAUUUUAAACAUUUAAGUGUACUAAAGCCUUGAUGGACAGGGUGGGAAGGGGUAAUAAGAUUGAUGUGGGAAUCCCUUCUAUGUGAGAUAUGCCAGAGACAUGAUGCAAGCUGUUCCAGAUGUUAAGGCUACUUCAAGAAGAUGCACCAUACAACCUUUUUCUCAAUCCAUUACUGAAAAUUUAAAUUCUAUUCAACUCAAAGGGUAAUUGUUUUUUUUUUAAAGACAAAUGUUUAGUAUUUUCUGAUUGAGUUUGAGCAUUGAACAAAAUGGGCAUGGAGAUACUGGUAGCCAUUAUGAACAUCAACUGCCAUCCAUCCAGUCACUUUCUAACUUAUACUGCACACCUCGUGACUUGGUGACCCACUGUCCAACUAAACGAUGAUGAAAACCCGGUGGCCAGGGUGACUCAAUUUAAAUUUUUAAAAAGUUAGGCAAUUAAGAUUGCGCACAGGUGUUUGUCUUGUUAUUAUACACUGCCAGCUAUAUUUUCUCGAAACACCUGAAGUGAUAGGGACUUCAAACUUGUGCAUGCAGUCAAGAAAUGAAAUUGAUUUGUGUCUCUUGCUCCUUUGCUUCAUUGUAGCUUUACUUUGAUCCCUAUAAUGAGUAACAGCAACCAGCAUUAAAUAUAUUUUUAAUGGUGGGAUUUUUUUUUAAGUUUACUUUUCUGAAGGACUAAUGGCAGGUUAGCUGGUCCAUAGGUAAUGAGUAGUAAAAUAAUGUUGGGUGAUAUCCAUUGUGCCAUGUAAAGAUGUGAAAUGACCUGCUGACCCCUGGUUUUUUUUCAGAAUUUUUAUUUUGUAAUUCAUUUGACCCAAAGCAUCUUAGUCUGCAAGCACCUAACUAUUCCCUUUUAAAAUUUUAAACGAAAGGGCAGAAACGUGACAUUCCAUUUUCUCAUUUCUUUCCACCUCUGCCUUCCAACAUGGCUUGAUUUACUGGAACAAUAAAUAUUUGAUCUUUAACUGGUGGCAUGUGAUGUAAACCUGGUGACCUGUUCAUACAGACUGACAGGUAGUGUGAUGUAAUAUAAUGCAAAACUUGUCUGCACAUGAUUUCACAUCCAGCUACUUUGUAAGUUUGCAUUUUUCCUGUUUAGAUGUAUUCAUACAUGAAUGGUCUGGUUUGUAUUUGGUCUGACGCUUGUUUUCUCAUUUUAAAAAAAAAAGUUCAUUGAAUUCCAAAUAAAAUCAGCUUUUCAAGUU